AGGAGGAGCCUCUAAAAGUUGUUGGCCUUGGUCGACUGUUGCAGUUGUUUCUGUGGUCUUUGCGCAGUUUAGAGGUGCUCGUUUUGACGCGGGGAAACGUUCAUCCACUAGUUGGCGCAAUUUAAACGGAUUCCAUUAGGUGCCAAUACCUUAUUUUGCCUUCCUCUAGAAGAGAUUACAGUGAAUUACCUCUGCUCUACUUGAGAUUACUGAACCACACGUGGGCGUUUUGGAACAAAAUGCAACGAGUGCAGUUUUUGAAAGACUCAUUUGCUGGUUUGGAUGCUUUCCAAAAGCAGAUCAUGAUUGGGACAAGUGUGGCUGCAGGGGUUGUGCUGCUGUACAUGCUGCACAGAAGACGCCAAAAAGUCCAAACUAUUCCUCUUGGCGAAGGAUGGUGGGGAGCAGGCGAGAGGCCACGGUCAGAGGAUGACAAGAUCUAUUCCUUUGAGAUUCAAACCUCAGAUGAUGAAAUUAAGGACCUCCAUGAGCGCAUUGACAAAGCCCGCUAUGCUGAUCCACUGGAAGACAGCGGCUUCCACUAUGGGUUCAAUUCAACGUACCUUAAGAGUGUGGCUUCCUACUGGAGACAUGAGUUUGAUUGGAAGAAACAAGUGGCAGUGCUGAACAAAUAUCCACACUUCAAAACCAAAAUAGAGGGAAUCGAUGUUCAUUUCAUCCAUGUGCGUCCUACUCAACACAAGAAUCAAAAGGUUGUCCCACUCAUGCUUGUCCACGGCUGGCCGGGCUCCUUCUUUGAAUUCUACAAGAUCCUGCCACUUCUCACAGAGAACCACAAUGGUAUUACCUUUGAGGUCAUAUGCCCAUCUAUACCUGGCUAUGGUUUCUCUGAGGCGCCUCAUAAACAAGGCUUCAACACUCUGGCUGCUGCUAGAAUUUUCCUGACGCUGAUGGAGCGCUUAGGGUUCUCCCAGUUCUAUCUGCAGGGAGGAGACUGGGGCUCCUUCAUCACCACUAACAUGGCACAGAUGAAACCUCAGUGUGUGAAAGGCCUCCAUUUAAACAUGUUUAAUAUAAGAAAAGGGUUUAAAGUGAUGUUGUCCCUCCUGAUUGGCCCAUACCUGCCCUUCUUGGUGGGCCUGUGUCGUGAAGAUGUCCGCCGCUUGUUCCCGUUCUUUGAAAAGCAUGUGUGGGAAAUCUUGAAGGAAUCUGGGUACUUUCACAUUCAGGCUACUAAACCUGACACAGCAGGCUGUGGAGUGAAUGACUCUCCUAUAGGCUUGGCUGCCUACAUUCUGGAGAAGUUUUCCACUGCGACUGAUAUGAAGAACAGAGACCUGGCUGAUGGAGGACUGGAAAAGAAAUUUAGCCUGGAUGAUCUCCUUACAAACGUCAUGAUCUAUUGGACCACAGGCUCCAUUGUCUCAUCCAUGCGCUUCUACAAAGAACACUUCAGAGGGAAUCCAGAAAAAAGAGUGGAUGCAAGGACAAAUAUAUUUGUUCCCACUGGACUGGUUGCUUUCCCCGGAGAGGUGAUGCAUUGCCCUAAAUCGUGGGCCCAAAUCAGGUUUCGUAACAUUGUCUCAUACACGUUCAUGCCUCGUGGUGGUCACUUUGCUGCGUUUGAGGAACCUCAGCUGUUCACCACUGAUCUCAUUCAGUUUGUUCAAAAAGUGGAGAAGCUUUAAACGUGCAUGAUUUUGAAAGCGUUUACUUUAUUUCAUAUACAUUUCAGUUUCCUCUGUGGAUAAUGUUUAAUUCCUAAAAAAAACAUUGGAUGCCUUUGUAUCUAUGAGGGUUUUGGUGAUCCAAAUUUGGAUUACAGGUUGUUGGUGGAAGUUUGUUUAUUCUAAUUGGUCUCAUCUUUUGUAUGUGAUUGGUAGGUGUUCAUAAUGGGUUCUUAUGUUACUUUGUUUCUAAGAUCAUGCAAUGAGAUUUACUCUGGGCACAUUAGAAUGUUAAGCGCACUCAAGUGCAUCCAAACAACAGUGAUAUUAUACACUGGCACUUUCACAUCAUGCUUUAAAUGUCAUUUACAUGUAUUUUUUGUCAGAUCUCCUUGAAAGUUAUUUAAUUUGGCACCAAAAUAGCAGUUGGAAACUGAAACAUGUUGACAUGUUUUUGCAGCAUUGUAGGAACACAAACUGUUCAUGCAUGUUUUGGUCUACCUGAUUUGUUGCGAAUGGUAAAAAAAUCUGUGAUUAUUGAGACACCCUUAAAAAUGUCUUUUUGUCAAAUGGUUCAUUGCUCCUAGUUCACACGCUCCUGCUUUUCUGACGUUGAUGUAAUCAUUUGCAAUAGGACUGUUGCAAUUAUCAGACAAGAGUCAGCUCCAGAACCCUUCUUAUCUGUCUUCGAUAUGCUUCACAAAUGUACAUUGUAUGUACUCACCACUAAUGACUGAUAAUGUAAGAUGAUAGAUGAUAAAAAGAUUGAAUUGGA